GUACAGUACUACUUGCAUUAGUACUAGGUAGAAGCCAUCGUUUUUGUAGCACUUGAAGAUGGGGGAGCUGCUGAGAUGGUGUUGUUGUCGCUGUUGGCGAUAGUGGUGGUAGUGGUGUUGGUGGUCGGUCAUAUUGGUGUUGGUGAUGAGGACGCAUCGAAGAAAUCAAGAUUUGUGACUUGUUUAUUUUAUUGCAACUGUGGAGGAAGGGAUGGGCGUAUAUGAGCCAGAGGACGACAGCCUCUCAUUUGCGCACUUCUCUCUUCGUUCAAAGAAGUGCAAUCAAACUUAUACUUAUUAGUUUCCGCCUGGACGAGUCGCUUGCCUCAGUCACAUUCAAAGGCCAACAAGUUCCUUGUUAUUCGAGAGAAGAGGUUCCAUUAUUCCUAUGGAGAAGAGCUAUGGGGCUCCAAUGAGCCUUGACCUCCAGUUACUGGAUAACUCUUUUGACCAGGAUCUCAAACUACGGCUGUUCCCUAAGCCCACCCCGAGUGACUUUGUUUCAGCGGCCUCCGUGUGUUCCUCGUGUUCAGCCCAGUUUCAUCCCAGUAGUAGUAGUAGUAGUAGUCAACGUCUUUAUCGUCUUCAGCGUCUCUGUAGUUCGUUCGUUGUGGAGGCGUGCGUGUCAUUCGGAUUGAUCGGCUGUGACUUGUUCUAUCACCCACCCCCAUCUCUGCCUACUUGGAUGGGCAGGAAGCUAUGAGCUGCCCGUCCCUGAUCCCUUUCUUUGCAUUGGAGGCAAUGGGUUGUUGCGGCAUCAAUGAGAAAGACGGCGCAGAAGAAGCCAAGAAGCAGAAACAGACGAACAAGGAGAUCGAGAGACAGAUCCAGAAGGACAAACAAGUCUAUCGUGCCACGCAUCGGCUACUCCUCUUGGGGGCGGGAGAGUCGGGCAAAUCGACACUGGUGAAACAAAUGAGAAUCUUGCACGAGGACACGCCUUUCUCGGACGAGGAAAAGAGACAGAAGAUCCACGAAAUCAAGCGCAACAUCAAGGACUCCAUGUCCACCAUACUACAAGCCAUGCCCAACAUAGACCCGCCCGUGAGUGUGGGCCUGCCCGAGAACGAGGCCAAGCGGGAGUGGGUGUUGGAGCAGUUUUCUAAUCUCGAGGACUUUGAGUACACAGAACAGUUUUAUGACCAUGUGGAAGAUCUGUGGAAAGAUCCAGGGGUGCGAGAGUGUUUCGAGCGCUCCAACGAGUACCAGCUCAUAGACUGUGCCAAAUACUUUUUGGAUAAAGUGUCGACAGUGCGCAAAGAGGGCUUUUCUCCUUCGGAACAAGACAUUCUCCGUGCUCGUGUUUUGACCUCUGGGAUCUUUGAGACCAAGUUCCGAGUAGAAAAGGUCAAGUUCCACAUGUUUGACGUGGGCGGUCAGAGGGAUGAGAGAAGAAAAUGGAUUCAGUGCUUCAAUGAUGUGACAGCAAUCAUCUUCGUAGCGGCCUCGAGCUCCUACAACAUGGUCUUGCGGGAAGACAACACUCAAAAUCGGUUAAGAGAAGCCUUGGACCUCUUCCGAUCGAUCUGGAACAAUCGAUGGCUGAGAACCAUAUCUGUGAUCUUGUUCCUCAACAAGCAAGAUUUGUUAGAGGAGAAAAUAAAGUCAGGAAAGUCAAAAUUGGAAGACUACUUCCCCGAAUUCGUUCACUAUAUGAUUCCACCAGAGGCCCAACCCGAGAUAGACGCGGGCGCGGAUCGAGAGUUCACCAAAGCAAAAUAUUUCAUCCGCGACAAUUUCCUCCAGCUCUCCCAACAGACAAGUCAAGGAGACAGUAAGCAACAUAGUGGACAUCAUUGUUAUCCUCAUUUCACGUGCGCCGUGGACACGGAAAACAUUCGGCGGGUAUUCAAUGACUGUCGAGACAUCAUUCAACGAGUUCACCUGAGGAUGUACGAGAUCCUGUAGUGGCCAGAGAGGACUGAAGUCAUCUGACGUGAAUUUCCCCCAAAAGGACCGGUGGCCCUUUCACUCCUACACAUACACGAGGAACCGACAACAAUUACUAUGAUCAUUAUAGUGCUAAUUCUUCUACAAACAAGAGCAAAAACGUCUACUAUGACUAUUAAUAUUUCUGCAGCCAUAGCUAAAACAAAAAGAAGCAUCUGCAUCAACAUCAGCAAACAACAAAAACCCUGGUCACACGACGCCCUCCCCUCAUCUCUCUUCCCGCCAAGUGAAUCAUGAUUCAAAUGCACAACCACUCAUUGAUCAUCAUCGUCAAAUGCUAAUUCUUAGAACAACCACCAUACCAUUAGCAUCAGUUCCAUCCAAGCAAUGUGGCGCUCUGAUUCCACCGCCAUCCCGAGAGUCUGAAUCUAAGAAAGUUUUAGUUAUCCCUACUUCUCGCCGCUUUCGACUUCGAUCAUCCCCUGGAGCCAUCCUUACCUAUGCCAUCCUGUUCCCUCUUACAGAAGAUCGAACGACAAAACUACUCAUACAUUUUCCUUCCCAAUAAGAAACAUUCGAAUUUCUAGCACAAAAUUGAUGGUGUUCUUCCAAUGAUUGUGGAAGUGUCUUCUGUAUCUCCUAUGUGAGAGACCACUUAAUGAUUGACGAUUCUGUGACCCCCGUGAAGCGAACACUUAGGAAUCGUCGGUGAUA